UGCAGACAUCUAGGUGCCUGAGCCAAUCAGAGGAGACAUGAGGCGUGGGGAUGUCGGUUUACAAUGUGCAGCGUCCACUACAACCACUCCCUGUCUGCCAUGAGCGGGAAUGACAUGAUGGCGCACUCACUGACUCUGGAGCAGAAGACGGCGUUUGCCUUCGUGGGCAUGCUGCUGGUCUUCCUGGGACUGCUGAUCGUGAGGUGCUUCAGGAUCCUGCUUGACCCCUACAGCAGCAUGCCGUCCUCCAACUGGGCCGACGGCAUCGAGGGGCUGGAGAAGGGGACGUUUGAGUACGCCCUUACCUAACCCACAGGGGCACGCCGGACUGGAUGGGAUUCUUACAAAUAACAAUAUAUAAUGAGAAAAACAUAAAUGUGUAUAUCUAUAUAUAUAUAGGUGUAUUGAUAUUUAUAUACACAUAUAUGGAAGAAAACAACAUCAACAGUUGUCAACAGUACACAUGCAUACAUAUAUACAUACAUACAUGCAAACACUUGCACACAUGUGUUUGUGUGGACACAAACUCAAGUUAACCUACAGCCCUUAACAGCUGUGGUGCCUGAACACCUGAGCAUUGAAAAUGUUCCCCUCUCCUUCUCUUUCUGUCUCUGUCUCUUUCUCCCUCUCUCUCCCUCUCUUUCUCUCUCUCUGUGCGAUGGACUUCAGAGCCUAGUGAAAUGUAUGUAGUUCUUUGUGUGCACACUGUUAGCUCAGCCCCACCGUAGAGCCGACCUAGGAUAUGCUGUAUGUGACCAUGUGAAUCGCAGUCGCGUGCCUCACCAUAUUUGGGACAUGGCGGUCGCCUUGUCUUCAGAUUAUCUGCCAGCCUGCCUGAG